AUGGAAGCUGACAUUGUGGUAGCUGCAUUUGGCGCAGCGUCGCUUUGCCGGCGCGCCUUUCCCGAGACCUUUCGCAGCCCGGAUGCUCCGCAGAGCACAGACCGCACACGCCUUGGAGACACAGAUGCUGCCCUCAAUCCUGUGGAGUAUGCCCUAGGCGUGUCGCUCAAAGACGACCCAGAUCCGUCGAAGGGUCGCCCGCAGAGCCAGAACGUCAUCCUGACUCUCAGCCAGAACCGCUUCCUCCUCAACUCAGAGAGAGGCAAGCGUGGUUUUCUCAACGUCCGAGUGACACGGACGGAGUACGAGGAACUCUUCGCUGUCGCUGGCAAAGCUGGCUGCGAGUUCGGCAGCCCCAUUACUUUGUAUUCCGACUUUGCCGAGGCGGCCAAGGGAAGUGCCAGAGAAGGCGCGCCUGAUGCAAAUUUCCAACGGUCGCAGACUGAUGCACUCCAGAGCUCGAGGCUGUUUGGAACAUGUACCGAUGUAUCCAUUGGUCUAUCAUCUUCUCAUUACUUGGGCUAUGGGCUUUAG